UGCAAAGGGCGAGUGCUAUUCAUUUAAGGGAGAAUCGGUUUGUGGCUGCACAUUUGCGAAUCCACUACCCACAACUCAUCAGUUGCUUUGCCUUUGUUGUUCAUGGAGAGCCAAGUGUGUAUAUACGACUGACUGACUGUGAAGAUAACUCUCCCGAAAGUAUUCUAUUCAUUCAGAAACUGAGCAAAGACCCAAGGAGAAAGUGGAAGGAAACGGAAGCCUCUUCUCCAUUAUUUUAAAACCCAAUCAAAUCUCCCCCCCCCCCCCUCCCUCUCUCUCUCUCUCUCUCUCUCUCACACACACACACACACACACACACACACACAGCCAAGCACACACGCCCGCACAAUAUAUUCUAUAUUCCCGAGCUCCAAUUCCAAUCGUCCUUCCUCGUUCUAAAACUUUGUAUUUUUCUUGUGGUGGUGCUCUGUGUUGGUUCUUGAUAUGCCCGCAUUGUUGGGUUGUUGAAAUGUGCCUUUUACUCCCACAACAGGAAGAGCUUUGCUUCUUUAUGCUUAAUUUUGAUUCGGAAAUGGGGCUUUCUUGGUGCUGAGACAGCCUGUGAUGGAUCUUGAAGGGUGGAGCCGUGUCAAUCCAAUCAAGAAGGAAUCAUGGAGGACGGUCUUGACUCUGGCUUAUCAGAGCUUGGGUGUUGUCUACGGAGAUUUGAGCACUUCCCCUUUGUAUGUAUACAAAAGCACUUUUGCGGAGGACAUUCAACAUUCAGAGUCCAAUGAGGAGAUUUAUGGGGUCUUGUCUUUCGUUUUCUGGACAUUAACCCUCAUUCCACUGCUUAAAUAUGUGUUCAUAGUGAUCAGGGCUGAUGAUAAUGGUGAAGGUGGGACUUUUGCUUUGUAUUCCUUGCUGUGCCGCCAUGCCCGAGUCAGUACUUUGCCCAAUUGCCAGCUUGCUGAUGAGGAACUGUCUGAAUAUAAGAAAGAUGGGAUUCCACCACCCAGAAAGAGUCUUGGUUCCAGCCUAAGAUCAACAUUGGAGAAGCAUACGAUACUUCACCGGGUAUUGCUUGCUUUGGCUUUGAUUGGGACUUGUAUGGUCAUUGGAGAUGGAGUUCUUACGCCGGCGAUUUCUGUGUUUUCGGCAGUUUCUGGGCUGGAGCUUUCAAUGGCCAAGGAGCGGCACCAAUAUGUUGAAGUUCCGGUGGCUUGUCUGAUACUGGUGUUCUUGUUUGCUCUCCAACAUUAUGGAACCCACCGAGUAGGAUUCCUUUUUGCACCUAUUGUGAUAACAUGGCUUUCAUGCAUCAGUGCUAUUGGUUUGUAUAACAUCCUCCGCUGGAAUCCCCAUGUCUAUAAGGCACUGUCUCCUUACUACAUAUACAAGUUUUUGAAAAAGACCCAAAGGGGAGGUUGGAUGUCCUUGGGUGGGAUUUUGUUGUGUAUAACAGGUUCAGAAGCUAUGUUUGCUGAUCUUGGACACUUUUCACAGUUGUCUAUCAGGAUUGCUUUCACCUUUGUGGUUUACCCAUCCUUGAUACUUGCCUACAUGGGGCAAGCAGCUUAUCUCUCCAAGCAUCACACAGUUGAGAGUGACUACCGGAUUGGGUUCUAUGUAUCCGUACCUGAGAAAAUAAGAUGGCCUGUUCUGGGAAUAGCCAUACUAGCAGCCGUUGUGGGAAGCCAGGCAAUCAUUACCGGGACUUUCUCCAUCAUCAAACAGUGCUCUGCUUUGGGUUGCUUCCCGAGGGUCAAAAUAGUGCACACAUCAUCUAAGAUACAUGGCCAGAUUUACAUUCCGGAGAUCAACUGGAUUUUAAUGAUUCUAUGUUUAGCUGUUACUGUUGGUUUCAGAAACACAAAACACAUCAGCAAUGCAUCAGGUUUGGCAGUUAUAACUGUUAUGCUAGUAACCACCUGCCUAAUGUCUCUGGUCAUUGUUCUGUGUUGGCACAAAAGUAUUUUCCUAGCCAUCUGCUUCAUACUCUUCUUUGGUUCCAUAGAAGCACUCUACUUCUCAGCCUCACUCAUCAAGUUCCUCGAGGGGGCAUGGGUGCCUGUGGCUCUUUCAUUCAUCUUUCUUGUAAUCAUGUAUGUUUGGCACUAUGGCACACUCAAAAAAUACGAAUUCGAUGUUCAAAACAAGAUUUCUCUUGAUUGGCUGCUGACUCUGGGUCCCCAUCUUGGGAUUGUGCGGGUUCAUGGCAUUGGUGUUGUACAUACUGAGCUUGUGUCAGGGAUCCCAGCCAUUUUCUCCCACUUUGUCACCAAUCUCCCAGCUUUUCACCAGGUUUUAAUUUUCCUCUGUGUCAAAUCUGUCCCGGUGCCUCAUGUAAGACCCGAGGAAAGGUUCCUUGUGGGAAGAAUUGGCCCAAAAGAAUACCGCCUUUACAGAUGCAUCGCACGCUAUGGUUAUCGUGACGUUCACAUGGAUGAUGUGGAGUUUGAAAAAGACCUGAUUUGCAGCAUUGCAGAAUUUAUUCGAUCAGAUAGGCCAGAAUUAGAUAGUGUAGGGAGAGUAGAACUGGAGGAUGAUGAGAGGAUGACUGUAGUUGGAACUGCUUUAUCGAAUCUAGAAGGCAUAAGGCUGUGCGAAGGGAAUGAAGCCUCUCCUGAACCAGAUGGUAGUACCCUUGAGCUGCAGGAGAUACGGCCUCAAGAAAAGCCGAGGAAGAGAGUUAGGUUUCUGCUGCCUGAGAGUCCCCAAAUCGAUGCAAGUGCAAGGGAGGAGUUGCAGGAACUGAUGGAGGCAAGGGAAUCAGGGAUGGCAUUCAUCCUGGGGCACUCUUAUGUGAGGGCAAAGAGGGGCUCAGGUUUGAUGAAGAGAAUUGUGAUCAACUGUGGGUAUGAUUUCUUGAGAAGAAACUCCAGGAUUCCAACUUAUGAAUUCACCAUUCAGGCUUCAACUUUGGAGGUUGGGAUGAUCUACCAUGUCUAGCUUUGACUAUACACACACACACACACACACACCCCAGUGUUGAUGAAUUAAUGUCACUACUGUAAAUGGUACAUCAUCAUCAUCGACAUCAAAGGCCUUUUGUGCAAUGUCAAGCACUUGUAAAUUGCAUUAUUAGCUCAUUAGCAUGGCAAUGGCAAUGUCAUGGCUGCUGCUGCUGCUGAGUGUUGACCAGUCCUGGUUGGUGAUGCUUCAUAGAUGCUCCUCAACCCUUUUUGUUUCAGUAUGCAUGGAAGUAGAGAACAUGUUGUAAACAAAUUAGGCUAUGUUGUCUUUGUGUUUUUAA